UGAAAUGUCAAAAUAUUCUACUUCCAAAAACAUUCAUUUUCAUAUUUUAUUUAAAAUAAAAAAUAAAUAGAUAUUUGCAACAUUAAUAAAACGAAUGCAAGAAACUAAUAAUGUGCAACUAUCAAAUGACUAUAAAAAAUAAUCUCUAGCUUAGUGAAAUAAACAUGUUUUCGAAAUCAAAACAUAGAAGUGGGCAGGAGUACAAUAUUGUGAAAUCAUGAAUAAAAAAAAUGUUUAUUUUGACGAAAAUUGAAAUAACAUUAGCAGCUAUGUCACGGAGAUCAAUAUUUUUACUUGCGGCGGCGGUGGUGAUGUUGUAUUUUUCAAUAAUAUUGUUUAUGUUGAGCCCUUUACAUGGUUCGAGAGGUGGUUACUAUGCGGGCGGAUAUAUGAAUAAUUUUGCUUUUCGUCACGAUCCGCCCGUGAAUUGGUGUAGUGAGCUCAAGUGGCGGAGCCCGCCGUCCCCAGAUGUGGUCGCGCUAGUGUCUUACCCAGGCAGUGGCAACACAUGGCUCAGAUAUUUGCUGCAACAAGUUACUGGUGUAGUGACAGGCUCAAUUUACAUGGAUUACGGAUUAAGAGUGCAUGGGUUUCCCGCAGAAAAUGUUACGGAUGGCUCAGUCUUGGUUGUUAAAACUCAUGCUGUCCCAAUGGAUUCCGAUAAGUUUAGAUCUGCUAUACUAUUGAUACGAAACCCCCGAGAUGCCAUUUUGGCUGAUUUCCACAGACUACACAGGGGUCACAUAGGAACAGCGCCAAAAUCAGCUUUCAAAAAGAAAUCACAUGAAAAUAAGAAAUCAGACUGGUCUACAUAUGUAUCAACACAGCUGACAGCCUGGGAGACACUACAUCAAAUGUGGCUGACGAGAUUCCCGGGGCCGUUACACAUUGUAUUCUAUGAAGUCCUAGUACGCGACACCAGGAACACACUGCAAGGCAUACUGGAUUUCUUGAAUUAUAACGUUACUGAGGCGGACAUGAACUGCGCGAUGGCUAACAAAGAAGGCAUAUACAGACGCAAGAAGAAGCACCAAGACUUCGAACCGUUUACAGCUGAUAUGUACAAGGCAUUGGAUCAGGUAAGAAACAAAGUGCUCAGUAUGGUGAUGGAUUAUAAGAGGAAACAUGACAAUCCACAUGUAGGGAAGACAUAGGGUAGAA